AUGAAGCAAUCAACAAAAUUAUAUCUUCACAAAUUUUUGUUUAUAACUUGCAAGUCAGUAAUAAGUCACAAAUUAUUACCAGACAAUUUAUGUAGUCAACACAAUGAAAUGUUUAUGGAAAUAAUUUUCCGGUAUUUUAAUGAUCAACAUUUCCUAACAGCUGUAGAGCUGCCAGAUGUUUUUGAUCAAAGAAUGGACGUUUUACGUUGUUUUGGAGCCAACAGCAUUCGUCCAAUUGAUUUAUUUAAUACAUUAAAUAUGAAGUUUGGAGCUAAAGUGGACACAAGUAGCGUAUCAUCAUUCCCUACGACUCACGGAUUCUACGCAAAUGUUCGAAAUGAGACUUCAUUAUUCAAGUUGUUUGAAAAAGUGGCAAGCUUUAAUCCAAGGACUAAAUUAAUGGUAUCUGUUGAAGAAAUAAGUUCAGAUCUUGUCAAAGAAAGUCUCACAGUUGGCUAUAAGAAAUUUAAGUUAUUGAACAUUGCAUUAUUAACAUCGAUUGCUAGAAGAAUAGACAAAGAAGAUUUCGAUCAUGAAAUUGUUCUCUGCCAGUACAAUCCAUUCACUGAUGAUAGAAAUAAUCUUGAAUAUCCCAUGCAUCAUUGUCUUGAUUUUACUCCAAAAAACAUGAAAGAAAAUUUAAUACAAAUGGAAGACUUUCAAAAGUUGAGACUUGGAAAUUUGCGUGGCUUUCCAUUGAGAAUUUCUCUUUUCGAAUAUGAAAUGAAAAGUGUAGCGGUUUAUGAUGAAUAUGGAAGAAUCACUCAUUACAUUUAUCCUGAUGGUGAACUAGUGACAGUAUUAGCUAAAUAUAUGAACUUUACACCAGCAUAUUUACCAGAAAUUGGAAAUGGAUUAAAAUAUGGUUUUCAAUCACCAAGUGGAAUUUUUGAAGGCGCUCUCGGUGACUCAGAAUACGACAGAGCGGACUUAUUAGCAAAUCCUAAGCUCAUUGCCGACUACAACACCACAAAUUCAGUUUUCCUUCGACCUACGGCUAUGACAAAACUUUACUUCAUCAUUAAAAAACGGAUCACUUAUAAAAAAACGAUUUUUUUAAUUAAUCGAAUUGAAACUUUUCUGGUGACAGGAAGGAAAAAGUGUGUUUUUGGUAGGAACACUCUUUACAUAUUUCAACUUCUCAACAACAUUUCAAGUCGUCACUCAAAUUUGAAUGCUUCAAGAAUUACUGCGGCUUUGGUUUUUUUCUACGCCCUCGUAACGACUGCAUUGUUUCAAGGAUCGUUAAUACAGAAGUUGAAUCUUAAUCAGAAUGCUGGAUCUUUGAAUAAAAUUGAGGAACUCUUUGAAAAUAAUUUCACAAUCGCCAUGGCACCAAUUUUAUCGUUUGUUUUCACUGUUCAAGGAACUGACAGAGUAACAAAGCGCAUCAUGGAAGCUUCAAAUGGUGAUGUCACUGAAAUUGUAAUGAGAAGUGAUGACGCAAUGGAAGAACUUGCAUACAAUGAGAAACUUGCGUUUUUAUGGAUAGAAGAAGCAACUGGAACUUUCCUUAAUCGUUUCUAUGAUAAUCUCACUGGUGAGAAUUUAUUUGAACGAGUACCUGAAUCAGCAUUCGAAUUUUACAUUGCCAUGAUGUUACCUAAAUCAUCUCCAUUCAUAGACCGUUUCAAUCAUUUCAUUAACAUUUAUGUUGAAGCUGGUUUGUAUCAAUAUCACGUUAAAAAAGCUGCAGAAGAUAAUGAAAAAGUUUGGAUUCAAAGAAUCAGAGAAGGAAAAGUUCCGAAACAAAACAGUCGCACUUUGGAAAUGGAUGAUUUGAAAAUUGCUUUUAAACUUUAUUUAUUUUUUGUUGUAGCUGCAACAAUUGCAUUUUUCUUCGAGUGUUUGUUAUCAUUUGCAUCAAAACGAUUGAAAUGUCGGAAAUUUCGAAGAUGUAAAGAUAAAAUUUGA